AGGAAGAGCCUGGUGCUGGCAGUUGGCUUCUUGGUCUUUUUUGGAGGGCGAAGGAAGGGAAGGGAUCUCGCUUGAGCCGUGCAGAGAGAGAGCUCGGACAUGUGUUGUCAGCACAUCUGGGGAAUACAGUCUGCAAGUCCGAAAGGAAAUUUGCUGGGAUCGUUCAAACUGCCAUAUUGAUCUUUGUUAUUUUUUUUCGCCGAGGGAUGCACUUGGCAUGAGAAUCGGAGGAUGGAAAUUGUUUGGGAGGUGCUUUUUCUUCUGCAAGCGAAUUUCAUCGUCUGCAUUUCAGCUCAACAAAAUUCACCAAAAAUCCAUGAAGGCUGGUGGGCUUAUAAGGAGGUGGUCCAGGGAAGCUUUGUUCCAGUUCCCUCCUUUUGGGGUUUGGUGAACUCAGCUUGGAAUCUUUGCUCUGUUGGGAAAAGACAGUCACCUGUCAAUAUUGAAACCAGCCAUAUGAUAUUUGAUCCCUUCUUAACUCCACUUCGCAUAAACACAGGGGGAAGAAAGGUCAGUGGGACAAUGUAUAAUACAGGGAGACAUGUAUCUCUACGAUUAGAUAAAGAACAUCUGGUCAACAUCUCUGGAGGCCCGAUGACGUAUAGUCACCGCUUAGAGGAAAUCCGGUUACACUUUGGAAGUGAAGACAGCCAGGGAUCAGAGCACCUGCUCAAUGGACAGGCUUUCUCUGGGGAGGUUCAACUAAUCCACUACAACCAUGAGCUGUACACAAAUGUCACAGAAGCUGCAAAGAGUCCUAAUGGGUUGGUCGUAGUUUCCAUAUUUAUGAAAGUAUCCGAAUCAUCAAAUCCAUUUCUAAAUCGUAUGCUUAACAGAGACACCAUAACGAGAAUAACAUAUAAAAAUGAUGCAUACUUACUACAGGGGCUUAAUAUUGAGGAACUUUAUCCAGAGACAUCUAGUUUCAUUACGUAUGAUGGGUCAAUGACAAUUCCACCCUGCUAUGAAACAGCGAGCUGGAUAAUAAUGAACAAACCUGUCUACAUAACAAGAAUGCAGAUGCAUUCUUUACGACUGCUAAGCCAGAAUCAGCCAUCACAGAUAUUUCUGAGCAUGAGCGACAAUUUCAGACCAGUCCAGCCUCUCAACAAUCGAUGUAUCCGAACUAAUAUCAACUUUAGUUUACAGGGAAAAGAUUGUCCAAACAAUAGAGCACAGAAACUACAAUAUAGAGUAAAUGAAUGGCUCCUCAAGUAAGAUGGAGCAGGCAGAACCCAUAACGUCAGUGGAAUGCUACUACUGUGAAUUGACAUAAUCUAGAAAGCACCCAACCUCAUUCUCUUUGGGUUCGCGACAGCAUGUGCAAACGUGCUGUAGGAAAAGAGCCGCCAUGUGGGAAACUCAACUAAAAAUUCAUUCAUAUGAUUGGUGGUAAUUAAAAAAAAGUAAAAAGACAGUAUUGCAGUAAAUGUGAUUACAAUUUUGAUACAGUUUUCCUGAACUAAUUCAGUUUCA